AUGCACUUGGAAGUGAUAACAAUUUGUAAUCAAAUCAAAUCGGUUAAAAUUUAAUAAUUGUAAUUUGUUUGGCAGGCUGUAGAGAAGGUACUCGAAAUUCCUUUCUAAUGAGUCGAUAACCCAUAAAAAUAACUAAAAUAUCCUCAUGAAUUACAUUCUGUAGUUAGGUACUUACAAUUAUUAACAUUAGCAUUAUUUCAACAACUAUUAACAAAAAAAAUGGCUAAUCAUCAAUUUCAAAGCAUACCAUUAAGCGCUGUCGAAUCUCAAUGGGAGGUUUUGUUCAACCAAUUUGACAAAAACAGUGACGGUAAUGUUUCCGUUAAGGAACUGCAUCAAGCCUUAAAGCGAGGAGCAGGCGAUCAUUACAAUGUACCUCCUAAAUGUGUAGCAGCCAUUGCACAUGCAGCAGAUCGCGAUCAAAAUGGAUAUAUUAGCUUUAGAGAGUUUUUAAAUUUAAUGGAAAAUGAUCCUGUAGCGAAAAGUUUAACUACAAGUGUAUUUAACAAAUACAUACAUUACACAAUAGUACCUAGAGGACUCCCUCGACUUAGAACUUCUGGUUUAGAUCGCACUGAUGGUGAUUACGAAGACGAAUAUUCAUGUAAUCCACCUGCGUUAUGCAUGAUUCUUGUCAGUCUGGUUGAAAUAUUCAUUUUUACUUGGGAUGUUGUAAAAUUGCAAACCACAGAAUCAAUUAGAGGACCGAUGGCAUCAACAUUUAUUUUUAAUCCACAUCGUAGACGUGAAGCAUGGCGAUUCCUUACUUACAUGUUUGUGCAUGUCGGGCAGACUCAUUUGAUUGUUAAUUUAAUCGUUCAAAUACUACUAGGUGUACCAUUAGAAAUGGUACAUCGUGGAUGGAGGGUAGUAGCAAUUUACUUGUCGGGUGUGGUGGCUGGAUCUUUGGCUACAUCUGUAACCGACCCUUCGGUUUAUUUAGCUGGAGCGUCUGGAGGUGUCUAUGCGUUGAUAACGGCUCAUGUUGCUACAAUAAUAAUUAAUUGGUCUGAAAUGGAGUUUGGUAUUUAUCAGUUGCUAAUAUUUUCAGUGUUAAUAUUUUUUGAUACUGGCUCUUCUAUUUACAACCGAUAUUUUGUGGAGACUGAUAAUCAGAUUGGCUAUACAGCACAUUUAGCUGGUGCUAUGGCAGGUCUACUUGUUGGAGUAUACACUUUGCGUAACCUCAACGUUCGACCAUGGGAAAAAAGAUUAAGUUGGAUUUGCUUUACAAUUUAUAUUAUAUUAAUGGGAACAGCUAUGAUAUGGAACUUUGUAAUACCAGAGUAUUUUUCUAAAGAACAGUAUUAAACAAUUUUAAUAUUUUAUACAAAUUCUUUUAUUAUAUAAAAUAUAUAUUUUUUUUAUUGAAGUAUUUAAUAUGCCAUUAGUAUUUUACGAUUAAACCAUUAUUAAUUUGCACAAGAAUCAUUUUAUAUUACUUUGUGAUCUAUAAUUUCCAAAGUAAACAUUUCUACUUAUUGUAAAACAAGUUGUCCAUUUAAAAGUAUUUUUUCACAA